AUGGAAUCAAAGUUACAUCAACAGCAAAAUGCUAAAAUGAUUUCUUUAGCAAAACCAAAACAUUCAGUUUCUUUAGCUGAAAAGCACAAAACCUGGAGUAAUUUAUUAAAUAAAAAAGCAGUUGGCACUAAUACUAUAGUGCCUUCCAAAAUUAAAAUUAAAAAAGAUUCUUCUGGUUUUGAUGGGAAAACUAAAAGUAUGAACAUUACAUUUUUUAAUGAAAAUAAUUUUGAAUACAUUUUAUUAUUAGCAAUGAGCAAGAGUGUACAAUGUGAUCCAUUCAAUAAUAAACUAUGUUCUACUAAUUCACUAUCUGUAUUUAAUCCAAUUAGAACAUUACAAUUUCUACUAAAAGAAAUUAAAGAAUUACCAAAUGCAAAAAGUUAGUAAAAAUUAUUUUAUUUUUUUAAAAAAAUACUUAUACAUGUACAUACUUUAUAUAUUAAAUACAUGUUAUUUAUCAAUAUGUAUGCAUAUAUUUUUUUUUAAAUACAAAUAUAGGUAUUACACAUAUUAUUGAUGAAAUGCAAGUGGUGGUUGAACGAAUUACUGAAGAAUUUAAUGUAAAUUUACAUUACUCUAAAUUGACCAAAUUACCUUGUCUAGUUGAAAAUGAAAAUUCUAUGAUUCCCACAAAAGAGAAUGAUUAUCACAGAAAUGAACAAAACCAAUUUGAAAAUGUAUGUAAUGUAUGCAACUAAUAAAUUUUUAGUAUUAUUAUGUGUACCUUUUCUGUUUAUUUAAAAUUUUAGAAAUAUUGGUUUGUGUUGCUUGGAAAAAUAACGGAACUUGAAAAUAAUUAUAGCCAGUUAACAAAUAAUUAUACUAAAUCGGAAGAGAAACUUCUAUCUGUUACAUCUGAAAGAGAUAAAUUGCUCAAGUAAAUUUAAAAUUACUUUAAUUUUUUUUUUUUUUUUUAAAUUUUUUUUUUAAUUAUUUUAAUAGACAGUUUAAAGAGUCAUGCAAUUCAUUGGAAAUGUUAAAUAACCGCGAACGAGAAUAUUUAGAUACAAUUAAAGAUCUUAAAUCAAAACUAAUAGCUUCAGACAAACUUAUAAGCAAACAAGAAGCCAUUAUUAUAAAUUUAAACAAGUCUUUGAACGAUUUAGCAGUUAAAAAUCAAGUUUGUAAUCAAAAAAAAAAAACUAAUAAUUAUUAAUUUACAAUAGUUAUUCUUGUAAUUUAUAGGAACUUAUGAAUGGAAAUAUUUCAAAUGAACAAUAUAAAACAAUAUUGGAAGAAAAUAAUGAUGCAAGAUCAAAUUGCUGUGUUACCAAAACAAAUCAAAUCACUAAUGAUUUGAAAGAUAAUAAAACUCUGAAGCCUAGAACUGACACAAAGUAAUUAUACUAAAAUUUAAUAACAAAUUACUAAUGUAAGAACUGUUAGAAUUUUGCUUAAUUUAUUAUUAUAUGUUUACAUUUAAAUUAAAUAAAUAGAAAAUAAUGCAAAUAAUUAUAUUUUAAUCGUAGAUGAUAUAGAGUUGAAUCCACUUUACAAAAAAGUAUGAACCUUGAGUUUCUAACUAUAGCUAGUGUUACAAUGUUUUAUUUUUAAGCAUUGAUGUCUUAAUUCUAUUAACAAUAUGAUACAAAGAUAAUAUCAUUUUGUAUUUAUUAUUUUCCUAUAAAUUGUAAGCAACUCUUUUGAAAAAUGGAAUAUUAUUAUUAUUCGUUUUAUUUAAAUAACUUAAAAACUUUAGUUUUGUAUUUUGAACUAGAAUAAAAUAUAAUUUUUUGUAUGAUUCAACUCAAUAUUCCUGCCCGGAGGUUAAACACACCAUUUCACAAAAUAGAAAUUUUACAGGAGAUAAAAUUUUGAUAAUUUUCAUCUAUAAAUUGGUUUUUUUUUUUGUGAUUAAUACAAAUUGCACUACACAACUUUAACACAUCAUUAUUAAUAUUCAUUAUAUAAUAGAAACAGUAAUUUUAUUAUUCGAUUUUGAUCAUUUCUAAAACUUAUGCAUCUCUUGUGAACAUAGUGUUGUACACUUAUGGGCAUAACCGUAUGAUUUUAUUUUCCAUUGCCUGAUUUACAUUAGUUAUGAUAACUGAAUGUAGAACAAAAAAUGUUCAAGAACAUGGGGCUAACUCAAUUUCAUCAACAAUGAACAUGGUCCUUUACCUCCGGGUACAAAUAUCAUCAGCAUAUUAAUUUAACAUUUUCUUAGGCAAAUGAAGAAAGGUGUGUUGGCUGGAUUAGAGAAAACAAAUAAUCAUACUGUAUCAAUAUCAGAAAAUAAUACGAUAAAAGAUUUGUUCAAAUAUUGUGAAGAUCAUAAAAAUAAUAUUGAAUAUGAUAUUGAUAGACAGUAUACUAAUUAUAACAGACAAGCAUUAGCUAUAAAACUUGCUAAGACAGAACUUCAACAGUUAUUUGAAACAAUAAAAAUGCAAGCUAUCCUUUCAAAAAAAUUGUUUAGUUCAACUAUAGUUGAUGAAAAUGAAAGAAAUUUAAGUGACAUGUCUGAUGAAGACGAAAAUCAUUCAAAUGUAUCAAACUUUAUGAGUAUAGUAACUAAUUCUAGUUGUUAA